AAUUUUAAUAAAUGCAUUUAUUUCAUGUUGCACAUUUGUGAAUUUUUCUUUUUAAAACAUACCACUGAAUUAUAAAUACAUACUGCUAACACAAGAGGUUGAAUUAUUCAAAUAAAAAAAAUAUUUUACUGAUCCCAGAGAUAAAUGAAUUAAUAUGGUGUUUUAAUCAGGCACAUUAAUUAUGAUGCGCUUUUUUCAGUAAAUGUUUUGCAAAAUAUCUCUAAAUUCCCUUUAUUAUCCUCACAAAGCCUCUUGUUUUGGAUCAGAUGUUAUUAAAUGUAGCAUUUUAUGAAAAUCUAAAGCAAAUAUUUAAAGGUUUUGUCACAAUAUGGGUGGAAAUCCAUCAUUUAGCUACGAAGGCUAAUAAAAUCAAGGCAUUGAACUCAUGUGGCUGCUGCUUAAUGACACGUUUCUCUGUUGUAGCGUUUGACACGGUGUGUAGCGUUGAUGUAGACCCAUGAUGGAUGCCUGGCCAGCUGUGGCCUGGAUCCUGAUGCUGGUGUCAGUUUCUGAGUGGACGGAAACCGCAGAGUCACGGGAUUUCACCAUGAAGGACAUAAUUCAGCUGCAUCCUUCCAAUUUUGUCUGCCUGUCCUCUGCAGCCACACCUCAUCCAGGUGGUUUCAAAUGUUUCACAUGUCAGGACGCUGCAGAUAACUACGACUGUAACCGCUGGGCUCCAGAUGUUUACUGUCCAAAAGAUACAAGUUAUUGCUACACGCUCCACAUGAUGGAUAACCAUGGCGACAGCGUUUCUGUGACGAAGCGCUGCGCAACCUGGGAGCACUGCCGCUUCGCCGGCUGUGUCAACAUCACCCACAACGGCUUCCAGGUGUGCACGUCCUGUUGCCACGGAAACAUCUGCAACAUGCUGGUGCCGAUAAACGACAGCGGCGCCGUGUUCUCCUCGACCGGGCCUCUGGUCGGCACGGGCUGCAGGCUGCGUCCUGCUGCACUACGUUACAUCACCCUCAUCACUGCCAGCAGCUGCUGGACACAUCUAAGAAGUCGAAUCGCUUAACACACAAAACUUCCUUCCUUUUAUCAAGCUUACAGACGACUAUGUAGUGUUUUUUUAACCGUUAUUUAUUUUCUAUGCAGGUUUUUAUUUUUAAAUAAAAUAAACUGUAAACGUGAUUUGGAUGUUUUACCCAGUGGAGAAGCUCUACGGGAUUUUCUGAUAGAUCAACACAAAAUAUUGUAUAAAUGUUUCAGGUAAAUUUGUACUUUGCUAUUUUUAUUUAUAAAUUAAAUUUGAGUAAAGUGUGGAAUACAUUUGCUUUUCAGGCAGGAGCGAAAAAAUUUUAUGAUUUUCUACUUUUGUUCAUAGCAUGAAAUCUCUAAAACAUUAAUUUUAAAGUGUUUU